UGCGGUGCAGUGACAACAACAGCAGCAGAAGCGAAUACGGAAACACAACAACAAACGGCGUUCAGGCGAAAAACACGAACAUAUCGAAUGAAAACCGCUGUGUGAAAAGAAAAUACAAUUAAAAGAAGAAAAAGACAAAAAAAAGAAGAGAGAAACCAGACCAGAGCAAAACAAUAAAUAAACCAGCGAAAGACUUCACAGACUGUCCCCCCUCGAGCACAGACUUUUGUUAUUAUUAUUUAUUGUUCUUACUGAAACACAAAAUUUGUGUGCUUUUUUAAUUGUUAUUUGGCUGCUGCAAGCAGCACAAUUUUUCAUAGCUAGUGCAGAGCACGCGUGCCGAGCUUUUUUUUAUUAUUUAUUUAUUGUUUUGUACAAAAAAAACAAAGGAAAUUCUAAUUGGAUCAAACGAAAUUGGACGAACACCAAGACAAAGCGAUAAGCAAACCCAACAACAAUAACAACAGCAACAAGAAACCCAUUGGAAAGAGUAAAAAAGAAAAGCAAAACAACAAAGAGGCGACAAUCGCGCGCGCGCUGCUGCAAGUGUGUGAGUGUGUGUGAAUUAGUGAAAGUUACCCGCGCGUGUGCAACGACACAGUCCACGCCCCAAAGCGCCCCAUACGCCCACAAAAUGAACCGAUCAAACAGUUUUGUCAGCUCACUGAAAUGGUGGCCACUGCAGGGUCACAACAAUCAGGCAGCAACAUCAGCAACGGCAAUGGCCUCGCCUCCCUCAAGCAGCAGCAGCAGCGCCGGCUACUCACAAUCGGCGCCCAGCUCGCCCACAUCCAAUUGGCCACCGUCGCUGCAGCAACACCACCAACACAAGCUGAGCGUCGGCGCCAAUGUGAACGCCACAUUUGGCAGCAGCGUCGCCGUACAAAAGCUGCGCGAAUCGAAAUGGUUCAAACCCGAAGAACAGCGCAUUUUCUGCGCCGUCGUCGAGUGCGGCUUCAUUGUGGAGGUGCGCAGCAGCGCCGCUGCCGAAGCGGCUGCAGCAGCAGCAGCUGCCGCCGCAGCAGCGGCCGCUGCCAGCGAUGUCGAUUCACUGGACAUCGAUUGCCCACCACUAACAUUGGCCCCACCACUGAUUAUACCACGCAACGGCAGCAGCAGCAUAAGCUUUGUCGAAACGCAGGACGAGAAUGAGACGCCGGUGGCGUCGUGGUUCGGCAUCGUACUCUGCAAAGUGGCCAAAGACAACAAACCAAAACCGGAAACCAUUGAAAUAUUUUCUGUGAAAAUACGCGAAAAUGGCACUUACAAACUGAUCAAAAUGUCAUUGGCCGACAUUUGGAGCCAUGGCUGGGAGUUACGCAUUAAUAAUUUCGCAGACAAGGAAAAAACGCCGCAUAUUGAAAAGGACAUACGCAAUCAGGUGUCGCUGGCGCGGAAGGCCAGGCAGAGUCUGUGGAACAACAAUAAGCAUUUUGUGUACUGGUGCCGCUAUGGCAGUCGCCAGCAGGAUGUGCGCAAGCGACAGAUGUCGGAGUGCGUGAAAUGGGGCAGCGUUGGCAUGAAUGCGGGCAUGUUGCUGGUGCACAAUAAUAGGCAAAAAAACUAUUCUCACUCAAAGUAACUAACACGAAAUACACACACACACACAAAUACACUCUCCACAUAUAUGUGUGCACACACACACACACACAGCCACAUACACAUGCGUACAUACUGCUUUAAAUUGUUCUGCUGAAAGACAGAGAAACAAACAAAAUCCAAAGCAAAUUGUGAUAAGAUAAUUCAUGUUUAACAACAGCGGCGACAAACAACAGCAAAUGCAAAUACAUAUAUUUAUUAACAUAUGU